AUGUCCCCUGCGCUGCUAGUUGCCUUUUCGGCCUUACUUUCCAUAAGCAUCGCUGACCUCUCAUCUGAAUAUGCCCAUCACGCGGUGUUGGAUCCUGCAGAACUAAUGAAACUGUAUUGGACAGUUGACUGGGACAAGGAGACCAUAUCGUUCGCUGUUGAGGCGGCGACUACUGGAUGGGUUGGGUUCGGUUUCUCUUCAGGUAACGGCAUGAUGGUCGGUAGUGAUGUUGUUAUCGGUUGGGUGAAGGACUCCAAAGGAUAUCUCACGGUAGGUUAAAAAUAUGGAGAUGUUGAUUUUGAAGCACUUGAAGCACAUUAAAGCUCAAGGACAGUAAACUUUCACAUUCCUACUUCGUUAUGAAGAGCUUUUAAGGCCAUGCGUCCCCUAAUUACCAAAAAGCCAGUGUCCCUUUUGAUUAAAAUUCUCGUACUCGCAGUUGCUGUUAUAAAAAUCUCCCAUAAAGUACCUAAUUUGAACUUUGCCUAGUGCAGGUUCCCCUGCAGUCACUUAACACUUGAAAGCCGAAGGGGUCCGUUUGUGUGAGAUAUAUAAAUAUGGAUAAAUAGUAGGCUACACACUUUCAAAGUGUUAGGUUAGCCUAAAAGUACGCAAUAGCAGCUUUAGGAACAAAAUUUCUUGUCAUGAGAACACUUACAUAGCUUGGGUGAAAAAAGUUGUCACACUACGUGAUAUAUUACCGUGGGUGUGUGGGUAGGGGCAAUACUCUCCUAAAUAAGGUACCUAAAUAAAGAAGGACCGGCGAAUGGGCGUCAGAGACGUCCCUCACCGGCUCAGAGCUUCCUGAGAAUCCUGCCUAUGAUUGGACCGACACAUUUUUAAAGGUUUAUACGAUUCAACAAUUGAAGCCUAGCUUGAACAGACGAUAUUAACCCCUAUGUUACGAAACUUUUCCCAUCGGGAAUUACCUAAGGAUAUAAAAUAUGCAAUUUACGGACGGUAUUUUCUUACCCUGAUGAUGACCUUGUAAAUAGUUCACUUAUUUCUGGUUUUCAGUGUCACGCCAUUCAAAAUUUAUCAAAAUAAAAAUCAAAACUAUUCAACAGAUAAAGUCCAGAAUCUGGGAAAUGAAAGGAGAUAAAUAUACCAAGACCCUCGCCAAGAUUUGGGUGGAAAGAAUAAUUCGUAUACGAGAUAUCCGAGGAACUGUUUUACCCAAAUUUAUAGAGCUUUGUAUGGAGAAGCCAUGCUGGAGCUCAUCCGGAUGAGCUCCAACAUGGCGGAAGGAAACCAACAGAAACAUCCGUUACUGAGUUUUGCUACAAAAGCGUGAGUUUGCUCCUAGAGUAACUCAUAAACAGUAAAGUAAUACUUUUUCUAAUACUUGGACUGUUUAGAUAGCAAAAUUCCUCGUAAAAAAGUCACCUUUAACCUAAAUGACAGCUCUCUCGGCCGUCAUGUAAAUGUUGCGUCACGCAAAAGCUUAGAAAUUCAAGCGUACUCUAUUACAAAACCAAGAAACCUUUUAAAGCGAAAAUUUGUUUGAAAAUUAGUUUUCAGCUGCUCUAAUACACCAUGAAAGUAAAAUCUCAGUAGGAUCGAUAGUUUUGUAGUUUGAAUUUUAGUGACGUCAUCUGAAAGCCGCAACAAUAUUACCCAACAAUGAUUCUAACAAUUAGGCAUGAGUGGAUGUCAGAAUAGCUUUAUAACGCCUUUUUUUCGUCAUUAAGAGAACUUUUGUCUAAAUGCCAGCUGUAAACUAUUGUGCAAACACAAUUUUCACCAAAUUUAGGUCAAUCAUUGAUUUAGAAAAGUAACUUAUCUUUAGCAUUGUGUUUAGGAUCGAUAUGCUGACGCAAAAUCGUUACCACCAAAGGAUAGCGAACAAAACUACAUCUUAACUGGCUUCGAGGAGAUUGACCAAACAACUGUGUUGAAAUUUAACAGAAAGUUUGAUACAUGCGAUUCCAGGGACAGGAAGAUAAAGGUAAGGCAGUGAAAAAAGAGAAUCAAGUUCACUUCCCCUUCUAUAAAUUUCUGAGCUCUGCUGGCUUUAUACCUUUCGCAGGUUUGAUGUGCCAUGCAUAAAAAAAAAAAUCUAUUGCAAUGCUAAACUUGACCUCCCAUUUGCUUCCCCUUUUUCGUGAAUGAUACUCGGAGAUGUUUGACAACGGCUCUAGUCUUGACAACGUUUUACGCCAUGAUAAGAUACGUCGUCCUUUCUUUGAUUUGCUCUCUUUAGACACUGUCUUAGAUUCUGUUUAUGGUCAUAAACCAAUCAUAUUAAUGCUCAACCUAAAUGUUAUUCUGCACCAGCUCGCGUUUGUUGUAUCAUAGCCUUCAUAAGAACCUGUUUAUCUCAAUUCCUAGACAGAGUAAUUAACCAGGCUGUUUUGUAUCCAACAGGAAGGCACCACAAAGGUGGUGUUUGCUUACCACACGGAGGAUCCCGAGACUGAAAAAGAUUUUAAACAGCACACUUUCAGAGGGCCAAGAAGCAUAUUACUCCUCAACAACAUGGACAAGAAACAAAUCAACGAGACAGGAUGGAAGAGUUUUGUGAUUCAAAAUAAAAACGUAAGAACAUACACUACGUAGACCUCCGAGAAUGUACUUGUUACAGUUAUGUUACGUUAUGUUGUCUGAUUUGCACACGAGAGAAAGAAAGCGCUGAUGUCGAUGCCUUUGAUAAUGAUCAUGGGUUAGUAAUUAUUAUAAGAUAACUUCAAUAGACCAGUUAGCGAAACUCAUUGGCAAGGCUGGAAAAGGCGCAUUGAAAUCACUCGUCAAUCAGGAUUAUCUUCACAUUCACCACCACCAUCAUCCGGCGCCAAACUCUUCCUCUCUGAGCCCCACUAAAAUCAUAAGAAGUACACCCAUCAUCAUCGGCACAGCCAUUACCAUGGCCAUCAUCUCCAUCAUCAUCAUCAUCAUCACCAUCACCAUCACCAUCACCAUCACCGUCACCGUCACCGUCACCGUCAUCAUCAUCAUCAUCAUCAUCAUCAUCAUCAUCAUCAUCAUCAUCAUCAUCAUCCCCACCACCACCAUCGUUGUCGUCGUCGUCAUCAUCAUCUUCACUCUCGUCUUUUUCAUGUGUGAUAUAACACAUAUUUACUGCCAAGAUUGUUACUGUAAACGUUUCAAAGUUAUCACACGUUUACUCAACCCAAAUUGAUGUACGAUUAUCUUACAGGUUACCAUUCCCAAGAAGCACACAACCUACUGGUGCUCACUGAUUAAGGCACCUAAGAUCACCUCGAAGCACCACAUAACCAAGGUAUAGUAGAUGUUUUCAGUAAUCGAUUGGAGUUUGCGUUCCAGCUCUUUUACACACAGGAGGAUAUUGAUUGUAGUAAGAACACUUACACUCACUGUGAAACGAAGAACGAUCAAUGUGAGAGACCACGUUUUAUGACUGGGAACCCAUCGUUUAAUGGUGUCUCGUUCUGAUAAUAAACCGUAAAACAUUGCUCUAUAUAUGCUAUUACUCACUUGGCGUGAUCUUUGUACAAGUAUACUAUUGUCAUUAAGUUCUGACGUGCCUCUUUCAUUCAUCUUCAUCGAGUAUCUUGACUAUCUUUUGUUUUUAUCUUUGCAGAUCGAGCCAUAUAUUCAAAAGGGAAAUGAAGGAUUAGUCCAUCAUUUUCUUGUGUACGAGUGCCAUGGUGACUAUAAUGAGAGUCAUUACGGUUUUGGUGUUGAUUGUAAAGACAUCGCCAACAUGCCAUUCCUCAAAUGUUUCUAUGGCAAAGUGUUAGCUGUUUGGGGAGUAGGUGGUGAGGUAAACGAUUGUAAAUUGGCUGUACUAGAAUACUGUGGAACGUCUAACUUUCAAUUUUCUGCAGAAAACCAUGAUAACAGUCCUAGUGGGAAGCGAUAAGAGGCUUUAGCUACCUAUUGCGAAAGCAAAUGAAAGAGCCUAGCACAGUGGAGCUUAAGAGUUAAUAUGACCAUCAGCCUCUUUUAUUUGUUUUUCUUUGUUCCCUACACAGGCAUUUUAUUAUCCGAAAAAUGCUGGUUUUCCAAUAGGAACAGUAGAUACUCCGAAAAGUUACUUGCUGGAGAUUCACUACGACAAUCCAGAGGGGAUCAUGGGUAAGUACUUAUAUAUUGUGUAACACAAUCACUACCAACCAAUAAUUAAGAGCCUUUUCUGUUUUUUGUUUGAAUGUAAUUACCCCUACUAAUUUUGUCAUUUGGUAAAACUAAAAUGGUUUCAAAAUUUAUCGUUAAUUAAAUAAUCACUGGAUAGAUAUAACUUGUCUUUGACGUCUCUCAUUCAUGCAAAAAUCGAUGGUGGCAUAAAAAUAACAUGUUGUGUAGAUCACCAAAACUAUAGUAUUAAAUCUGAUCAAUUACUAAUCACCAUACAUGCAGACAAAAGCCCAAGCAAAUUAUCAGACCGUCUGAGGGAAUGUGACCUGAGAGGCUUUCAAAUUGGGGUUUCGUUUUAGAUUCACUUCGUGUUACUCAUGCGAGAUGUUCACUGAUCGCGUCCCCUCUCUCGAUCGCUUGCCCCGCUCUUGUCCCCAACAAGAGAGGCUGCAAGUAGGCUAGACGGAACGACAGACGUGUGUGACGCCCAAGAAACUUUACCAGAGUGCUUCACCUAUGCAAGCAUUAGAAAGUGGCGCAAUAUUUUUUUAGCCAACCGCAAAGUGUGUCAAUAAAAACCUAAAGGAUUAAAAAUAUUAUCUUACCAAGAAACUUCUUUGCUAAACUGUUUUUAAACGAACAGUAGAGAACUAAACAGCAAACGACACCUUAAAAUCUUCAAGAAUGCCAUGGAAAUUAAGUCACUAAUUUAGAGUUAAAAAGAGCUCAUACUGCAAGUAUUUCAGGGCCUAGUAAAUAUUGCAUCUUCCAUUCAUUUAGGGACCCAAGGACAGUUCAGGGGCUCGAUUUUACUACUCAUCUAAUCUCCGAGAGUUCGACGCUGGUAUAUUUGCUGUUGGCCUCAAGAUCAGUCCUUAUAUGGUCAUCCUUCCAAAACAAGAAUCUUGGUUGACUGUUGGGUACUGUGCUAAAGAAUGCAGUGAAGUAAGGAAAAAAUUGUUUUAA